AUGCAAUUGAAACGGCCCAUAGAUUUAGGACAACCAUUAGACUCUGUUUAUGGUGUCAAAUAUCUAUGGCUGAAUUGGAGUGUCGUUGGCAUGAAUCCACCCGCCAGCAUAUCUAGUUUAUGGCUCCUACUCUACUACAUGUAUUCUGCAGUAAUUAAUUUUCUAGGCAGCUUCUGUUUGCCAGCCUCAAUGUUGGCAAAUCUCUUUUUUAUUAACUCAUGGCAAGCAUUGGUGGGUAAUCUUUCAUUAAGCAUCACCAUUUCCAUGGCAACAUUGAAACAAUUGGUCGUAUUGCGGCAUCGUCGACGUCUACUGAAAUCGAAUGGAUUUUUAAAACCCCUAGAUGAGCGCAGUAGUCACCAUCCCCAGGAUCGUAUGGAUAUAUUGAAUGGCAUACGUACAUGUCAUCUAUACUAUGUGAGUUAUAUGACGACAUAUAUAUUUUGUGCUGUGGGCUUUUCCUAUGUUGGUUGGUCCAAUCAUCAAUUGAUAUAUAAUUCUUGGUUUCCCACCAUUUUCGCCAACUCCCAGUCGAACUAUUUGUUAGCAUUUUCGCAUCAAAUUAUGGCUCAAAUGGUUUUAGUCUUUCAAAAUGGCAAUAAUGAUAUAUAUCCAAUGUGUUACUUAUCUUUGGUUACUGCUCAUUUGGAGAGUUUGGCGAAUCGUAUAAGCAGAAUUGGAAUGGAAAAAAGGCAACGUUCGGUUGCAGAAAAUAUCGAAGAGUUGAGAUUGUGUAUUUUGGAUCAUAAGAAUCUGUUGGGUUAUUUCGAGUGCAUACGACCGGUCAUUUCGAUCACCUUGUUUCUUCAAUUCUUCAUUACCGCCUUUGUGCUCUGUCUGACAGCCAUCAAUAUAAUUGCCUUCAAUCAUGAUUUAACACAGCAGUUUUUCGUCAUUGUCUAUUUGGUCAUCGUAUUGAUCCAAGUGUUCCCCUGCUGCUGGCACGUCAAUGUGCUAAUGCACAAGAGUGACCUGCUGACGACGGCCAUGUACAGCUGCAAUUGGAUGGAUCAGAAUCAGGAAUUUCGCAAAAUGUUAAUAAUUUUCAUGCAACGCUCGCAGAAGACAAACACAAUAUUGGCUGGUAAUUUGGCACCGGUAACGUUGCAGACAUUUUUGGCGAUAUUACGCAUUUCAUUUUCAAUGUUUACGAUUUUUAGUAAAGUGUAG